AUGUAAGAGGAAUUAUCAUACAAUAAUUUAGUAAAUGUUGUUAAAUCACUUAUUAAAGAAUUAACUGAUUCUGAUGAUAUAUAUUUUCUGAUAAAAAGAAAUGAAGAGUGGGAUUUCUAUUCAACAGAAAAAGAUUCAAUAAAAUAGAUUGAAAAAGAUAAACAAUAAGUAUUCUUCUUAAAUUUUUCACAUCUUAAACCUAAUAUUGUUUAUAAUUAUUAGAAUAAUGAAAAUCAAACUAAGAUAUUAGAAUAAGUAUUGGAUUUGAAUUCUUAAUUUACUGAAUUAUCAAUAAUAAGAUUCAUCAAUUAAAAUAAAUAAGAGACAUUCUUUUUCUUUUAUUGGAAUAAACCAGAAAGAAAUAAGUUAUUUAGAAGAUUUAUAAAGUACAAUAUUUUAUAUUCUUUAAAAUAGUGAAGCUAACGAAUACAGAUUCAAAGAUGAAGUCUUAUCCUUAACAAAUUUCUUAAUUGAUGUAAUAUUAUAAGCCAGAGUUCAAUAUUUUAAUCCAGUGUAAUUUGCAGAUUAGAUUUUGGAUAUAGUUUUAAGUUUUGUAGAGUCAUCACAAUAUAUCCUAUUUGAUGAAAUAUUUAGAGCUUUAAAUCCUCAUUUUCAAAUUAAGAAAGAUUAUAUAUCCUCUGGGGAUGAAAUAUAGUAAGUAUAAAUGAAUUCUGUAAGAAUUGAAAUGAAAUGUAGAAAUCCUAUUGCUUUGAUUUUGGAAGAGUUUUAUCUUAAUAGAUAGGAUCAUUAAUACAUUUAUACAGAAAUAUUUAAUUUGAAAUCUAAAUAUUAAAGACAUUUGAGAUUGUGUCAUGAGAAAAUAGCAUAUUAUAAAUACUUUUUAAGAUCUACAGAUACUAUUCUAUUUGAUUUUGAUAAAAAUGGAAGACUUGUAUUUUUGAAUCACUAUAUUUGGGAGACUCUCAAAUAGAAAUAUAAUAUUUAAUUUUCUUUAGAUAAAAGGACUCCACAUUACAAAGAGUUAUUUACAGAUGAAAGAAUCUUAAAGUAUAUAGAUUUAGAUGAAUUUAUGAUGAAAAAGAAAAAUGAAUACAUUUAAAAUGAAGAUUUUGAAAUAUUUUUGAAGGUGGUUGAUUAAGUUUAUAAAGGAUUUGUGAUAAUAUUUCAUCUUUAAGAAGGAUCAAGAAUGACAGAUUACAUAAAGAAUUUAAAAAACGAAGAAUCAUUAGAAGAUGAAAUCAAAUAAUCAAUUCAACGUUCAUAUAACAAACAUUAAACAUUUAAAUUCAUUUCUUAAUUACAAAAAUCUAAUCCAAAUGUUAAAAAUUCAUACAUUUCAUUAUUUAUACCAGAGGAAUAAUCUUUAGAUAAUUAAGAACAAUAUUAUUAAUCAAAUAAUUCAUUAUAAUCAUGUAAAACCAGAAAACCUAGAUUGAGUAUCCAAAUGUUGGGUAAAACAAUCAAAGCAUUUCAUUACUAAGCAUCUAAAUUACGUAUAAAAUCUAUAGAAUCAGCAUUGGAAAUAGAAGAAGAUGAUGAUUUGGAUACAUUAUAUGAAGAUAAAACAAUAGAUAAAUUUGAAUUUAAUAUUUUCUCUGUAAUUAUUUACAUUUAUUGAUGAAUAGUAUAAGGACAACAUGAAAGCAAAGUUAGUGUAUCAUAUUAUUAAGAAAAAUGAAUGGAUUGAUAAUUACGAUAUAAAUGAAGAUGUUCUGAUGAAAUUUAUAAAAGAAGUUGAAAGAAAAUAUAACAAAAGGAAGAAUCCCUUUCAUAAUUUUGAUCAUGGUAUUACUGUAAUGCACAGUUGUAAUUUUUUAUGUUCUUUGCCAAAAGCACAUGAAUAUAUAAGUGAGAUUGUGUAUUUUGCAACAGUGAUAUCUGGAUUAUGUCAUGAUAUUUCACAUACAGGAAGGACGAAUCAGUUUGAAAUCAAUAGCAAAAGCAAAUUGGCUACAAGAUAUUUAGAUAAGAGUGUAAUAUAUUUGAUUUUAAUUUAUUAGCCUUUGGAAAAUCAUCAUGCAGCUGUCACUUUGAGAUUAUUGAAUUAGGAUAACUAUAAUAUAUUAUCAGGAUUAAAUGUUGAAGACUUAUCCAUUUUCAGAUAGACAUUAGUUGAAAACAUUUUAUUCACAGAUAUUAAAUAACAUUUUGGUUUAAUUAAGGAUUUUGAGUAAAGAGUGAAAGAAAGUAAAGAUAAUUAGGAUAGAAUGUUUGGUUAAAUGGAUGGUGAUGUAAAAUUAUUUACAGGAAUGAUUGUUCAUACUUCAGAUUUUAGUGGUGCUGCAAAAGUAUUUGAAUUAUCGAAAGCUUGGACAGAGAAAGUUAACAUGGAGUUUAAAGCCUAAUUCGAUGAGGAAGGAACUCGUAAGAUUACUUAAACACCAUUUAUGAAAGACUUAGACAAAUAAGAAAUAAUGGCUAAAAAUGAAAUGGGAUUUUUUAAAGUUAUUGUUAGACCGUUAUGGGCUAGUUUAAAUGAAUUUUAUGUAUAGAAUGUAUAUUCAACAUUAAUAGGAUAAACAACUGCAGAAUGUUAUUGAUAAUGUAGAAAACACAAUAAUUAAUUGGGAAAAGAUAUAUCAUACAUAAAAUAAAUAAGAGAAAUAGGAUUGA